AUGGGUGGUGGAGGUGGUGUCGGCGUCGGACUCAGCAGCGGUAGUGGCAGCGGCAGCAGCAGUAGUAGUGCGGCUGCCAUCAACGCCGCUGCCACAUUGCAUUGUCUCACCUCAGUUGGCAGCAGUCAUAGCAGUGCGAGCAGCGGCAGUAGCGUCGGCGGUGGCAGUGGCGGUGGUAGUGGCAAUAGCAGUAGCAGUCUUGGUGGUGGUAUGCAUGCAGGUUUAGGUCUGACUGCAAUGGGAAUGGCCGCGGGCUGUGGCGGUGGUGGCAGCGGAUUGAGUGCAUUCGGCAAUGGUGCCAGUAGCCUAGCGUUAGGUGGUAGUGGCAGCAGUAGUAGCUCCAAUGGGGGUGGAACAAACCAUCACCACCAUCAUCACCACCAUAAUAGUGUUGUUGGCGGCAUUGGUAGCGGUAGUAAUAAUUUGAAUAUAGCAACUGCAACCCUAACGGCUGCUCCAACGCACGGCGUCGGCGCAAGCAGUGGUUUCGGCAGUUUGGGCGGCCUUAGUAUGGGUGUCGGCGUGGGUGUUGGCAUGGGCAUGGGCAUGACUGGUGGCAAUAUCAACUCCAUCGUUGUUGGCAAUCGAUUAAUGAAUACAGGCUUGCCGACGAUAUUGAAAUGA